AUUGUGCUACGGCGCGCAGUGAGGAGCGGUAGGCGGCUCGCAGCAGGACCUGGAGUGACGAGAGAGCGUCGUGUGACGCGGCGGCACCCCGCCCGAGAAGGAGGGGCGGUCAAGACCGGAGUGUGGGCGUGAAAGUGUGAUAUUUAAUUUUUGUUUUUGCGUAUGUGGUGGACCUUCUUGAGGCACCGGAGGAGUUGAACCUCAAAACGUGCAACCCCCCUCACCCCCCCCCAGAUUUCUGCCUUGGUUUCUCUUCAGUUUUGUGGAUACUUUUUUGUUUGGUUUCGUAUUCUGGAUUUGGAGCGGCCACAACGACACAUCUUGACUGCCGGAACCCCUUUGGAUUCGGAUGGCGUCUCCAAGAGCGCCGCAGCGGGAAUUUGAGAGCUCGCUUCGCCAAGAGCCAAGUUUUCGGGCGGGCGCGGUGCACGCCGACGCGGGAGGCCCGCGCUGGGGCGGCCGGGAGUUGAGUCACGACGCCGGACUGGCCCGGCCGCCGCCAUCGCACCGCCUGCAGAGCCCCGCUGGGCCGGGCCGGACCCGCCUCCCACGUUCUUUGUUCGGGUCGGCCCGCCCCGCGCGUCCGGCCGACCUCCAACGCCGGGUCGUUGCGCCGCCCCGCACCGCACGCUCCGCCCCGCCCGCACCUCCCAUCUCACACCGCCCCACGCUCAACCCCCCAUCUCCCACGCCCGUAAACCGCGCCGCGAUGACAGCUAGCGCGCGCCGCCCGCCCGUCGCAAACACCGCGAGCGCGCGCGGCUGGACGCGCGUGUUGAGCGACGUCGCGCGUCGCGCGCACUCACGCCAGAGCGCUCGCGAGAGACGUGACGGCGCGGAGAAGUUUCCAGAAGUCGCGUUUGCUACUUUUUUUGUUGUUGUUGUGUGGAAACCGGCACAUAAAGCUCUGCGGACAAUGCAGAGCCGUAUGGAGCUACGGCUUGCCACGCGCUCGCUGGAGAACGUUUAA